UAAAAAUACGGAUCUUGAAUAGUUACCAUGGUUUUGAUAAUCAAUAAUUUCCUCAUGUCAGUAGUAUUUUUAUAUCUACAGUUUAUUUACUGUCAAACGAACAAUCGAAAAAUUUAGUUAACACAAAUCUUUUACAAUGGGUAAGAAAAAAGGUAAAGGUAAAAAGGAGAAGAAGGAGACCAAUUUGGGAUUGUCAGAAGUGGAUAAAACCUUUUAUGAGUUGACCAUCACUGACCUGAACAGAAAACUAGCACGACUUAGGACACAAGCUCAGGAGUUGGAAGAGAAAAACGAAGAGUUAUUACAACAGCUACAAAAAAGUAAGGAAGACGGCGACGACAUCAUUAUAUAUUUGAAGCGGAUGCUCCAAGAGAAAAACGAUGAAAUCGCCGAGUUGCGAGAAAGUUACCAAGGACUGGAAGAAACUCACGUCAAAGAGACUAAGGAGUUUCUCCAGAAAAUAGCGGACAUGGAAGAAGAAUACAAAGAAAUGCACGAAAUGCUCAAUUCCGAAAUAAAAUUGCUCGAAGGCAAACUAAACGCCCUAGAAGAAUUCAGAAUACAGAGGGACGAACUGAUGAAGAAAUACGAAAAACAAGAAAGAGAUAUGGAAGAGCAAGAACUCCGUCACAAAAGAGAAUUGUACGAAGUAGAGCGAAAAUUCAUAGUAAGCAAGAAUCUUCUAAUGAGAGAGAUGGAGGAGAGGUUGCGAAAACUCUCAACGGAAUUUCAAAACACAACCGAAACCCGAAUAGCUGCCACCACACAUAGGAUGAUCCGCGAAAACAUCGCAAUCAAUAACGAACUUGACGUUAUGCUAGAAACGCAUCAGCGUUUAACAGACGAAAAUCUCAAACAUAAACAGAAUAGUACAAAAGCGAAGAAUGCUGCCGAACUAUUAGAACAAGAAAAACGUAUAGUGCUCGCUCAAUCAAGGGUACAUCGUAAAACGAUAGAACGGCUCACCAAAGAGCACGAAGAAAUGUCGGCAACGCUCAAAAAGAACAUCCUGAAUCAGAAACUCUUCGACGAAACCAAACAGAAACUGGAAAUCUUGAACGAAGAAAACAAGCUGAUGCACAAAAACCUUCUGCUGAUGGAGCAAAACCUUCACGCCAGCAGAUGCGAAAACAACGAACUCAAAACCGAAGUACAAUAUGCCAAAAGUAAAAUGGUCCUUUCCGAACUCACUAAAAGUAGAGCGGUACUGGCCAUUAAGGAUUUUCUUCAAAUCCAAGCGGCACCUGGAGAAGACGAGGCUUUGAAGAUCGCCAAGCGACAAGAUCUACUCAACACGCUCCUUAGUCUGUUAUCAGAAGAAUUGGUGGUCAAGCGGGACUCUCUGGAAAGCAUUUGCGACGCAAAGGCACUUGGUAAAAGUGUCUAUGCCAAAGGCGAUCUCGGUUUUGUACCAAGACUGGUACCACGGCCAAAAUCCAAAUUCCCUGUUAAAAAAACCGUCGCUACGCGUAUAGGACCGAGCUUAGAAGCUUUGAAAGCUAAAGCGCCCAAGACGGUAACCAAGAAGGCCGAAGAAGGCAUGGCCGUUGAGGAGGAAGAAGUUGUCGUGGAAAGUACAAUUGCGUCCAGUAAGACGAUGAUCUUAGAGGAGGAGGAGGAAGAAGAGGAGACAUUCUAUACGAGUGAAUCGACCGAGAGGGCAGCCGAAGAGUCUGAAGAAGAACCUCCACCGCCUCCUCCAGCAGUCGAUGAAGCUGCAGAAGCUGCCAAAGAAACACCUUCAGCGACCAAGGAAACACCUUCAGCACAGACUACAACGGCUCCUGCCGACGAACAAGAGCAUAUUGGGGAAGAAGAAGAAACUGAAGAAGGAGUGUCAGUCGAAGUCACACAAGAGGGCGAUACUGCGAGUCCUGAAGAGACUGCUGAAGAAAAAGUGCCAGAAACCGAACCCGAACAAUAAAAAUACUUAUUUCUUUAUAUUCUAAUGCAUAUUUUUCUUUCGGAUCUAAUAAAAUUGUCCGCCAUUAAAGGACCUUUCCAACUAUUCAUAAAAAAUAAACGUUAGAUAUUUAGGGGUGCUAUUAAGUGCUAUCCGUGAUCAAAUGCCUUGUAGUAUUACCUAACAGUAGACGACCUAAUUAUAGUGUGUACGGUUAGCAAAUUCCAUGGUACAUUUAAAUUGUUGAAGGGCCCAGCUGUACAGA